CGCGGCGCGGGGCGGGGCGCGGGGCCGCAGUGGCGGAGCCGCCCCGUGCCUCCGGCGCAUCGCGGUCGCCAUGGCGCUGUGCGGCCGCUCCGCGCUCCUCCCGCCGCCCCCGCGGCACCGACCCCGGCCCCGAGCCCCGGGGCCCUUCGUCAGCUGCAGCCGCCUCAGAAACAUUCAGACCAUCCUGACACAGAGCAGCAAAUCUCAGCCUGAUGGAAUCCUCUGCAUUUUGGGGAUAGACAGUCGAUACAAUGAAGGGUGCAGGGAGCUGGCAAAUUAUCUGCUCUUUGGUUUGUACAACCAGAACAACAACGACUUUGAAAGGACAGGCUUUCCUGAGGAAGUUCUGGAUGAUAUAAUUAUAUUAAUCAAACCUGACAGUGUUCAUCUGUACUGCAACCCUGUGAAUUACAAUCAUCUUUUGCCCUAUGUGGCACACUGGAGGAACUUGCAUUUCCACUGUCUGACUGAAAAUGAGUACGAAGAUGAAGAAGCUGCAGAGGAAUUUAAGAUUUCCAGCUUUGUGGACAUGGUCCGGGAUUGCAGCCGCAUUGGGAUCCCCUACAGCUGCCAAGGCCACCUGCAGAUAUUUGACAUGUUCAUCGUGGAGAAGUGGCCCAUCGUGCAGGCCUUCGCGCUGGAGGGGAUCGGCGGCGACGGCUUCUUCACCAUGAAAUACGAAUUAAUGGAUGUCAGUGCUGACUUGUGGAAGACCUACAGCAAAAUGGAUCCUGUGUCCUUGGAGGAUUUGCUCUUUGAGGAUUUAAUGAUUUUUGAACACCAGUGGACCAACUUCUUUGCUAAUUUUGACACUGAAAUUCCCUUCAUUCUGGAACUCUCAGAAUCUCAGGCAGGGGAGCCCUUCAGAAGUUAUUUCAGCCAUGGCAUGAUCUCAAGCCAUAUAACAGAUAACAGCCCGAGCCGGCAGCCCUUUGUCCUGUUCGGCAGCCACUCCACAAAGGAGAACUUGAACUCUGGGAACUUCAAUUUUCCAUCUGAAGGACAUCUGGUUCGAAACACUGGCCUUGGUGGAAGCACUGCCAAGCAUAUGGUAGUGCAGUGUGUAUCUCCAAAGGGACCUCUGGCUUGUUCAAGGACCUAUUUUUUUGGAGCCACUCACAUUCCUUUCCUGGGAAAUGACAAUGAGAUGCACAAGCAAGCUGAGCAAGUUACGCUGUUGUCGCAAAUAUAUUCUGCUGUUGUAGAGGCUGUGCUUGCUGGCAUUGAGUGCUAUGCUAAAACUUCCACUGAAUCCAAGGCGAAGGAGGUGGCAGAGCAGGUGCUCCUGUCUUUGUUGGACACCCUUGGCCUGGCACAGCUCAAAUCUGCUUUACGGUCCAAAAUCGCCUUUCAAAUUCAGGCUGUGAACAACCAUGGCAGAAUUACUCCGUUAGAUAACGAGGACAGCCUCAGUUUGAUCAAAACGGCAUCCAUGAUGGUGUUUGACAUUCCAGACCUGCUCACAGGAAAAGGAUGCCUGGGAUCUGUGGUGUUUUCAGAGUCCUUCCUCACAUCCCAAAUACAGGUCAAGGAAAAAGAUGGCAGCAUCCAUCCAGACUCCAGGCACGUCCUCCUGACCGCAGCUAUCCCGAGAUUCGCCUCCUGGCUGGUUGAAGACAGUGAUGUGAAACUGUCUGAAAAGGCACAGCAAGUAUUGAAGGAAGACAAAUCUUUCCUGGGCACUUUACUCACUGGGGGUGAUGGAGUUUAUAUCUGUUCCAGCAAUCCACAGGCCAUGCCUGCAGAAGGCAAGUUGUAUUUCUUUUCCGAUGGAAUUCUGUUCUGUGAUCCCCACCACGGCAGCAUUUCCAUUUCCAAGAGCCACAUGAGUUCCAUUUCUCUCUAUGAUGGGGAUUCCAACAGUGUUGUUGCUGCCCUCUUUAUAGACUUCAAAAGUUCACUGCUUCCUCAUCUCCCUGUUGAAUUCCACACCCAGAACAACUUUCUGAUGAUUGCACUUUUCCCCAAAAGAAAGAUUUAUAAAGCUUUUUAUUCACAGGUUUUCUCUUCAUGGCAAAACCAGACAAACUCAGGAUUAUCUUUAAGGGUUGUCCAGGAAGAAUUCCUGUCUGAGGAACAAAAGAGGCUGCAUUCCAGUGUUCAGAAGCUCUUCAAUGCCGUGUCUUUUUCCUCUGGGGAAAGAUGCAGGGAGCUGAAACUGUCUGCUGCCAUUCCAGGGCUGGAGAGGUUUGUGCAGCACUUCACAGUCAGCAGCGUCAGUACCAAGCCAGUGAUGAGAGCACAUCUUCCCAUCCUUCUCCAAGAGUCAGAAACCAUUUCUGACAUCAAAGCAGAAGGUGAUAAGGUGAUCAUCACCAUCAUCACUGGGCUGCCAGGAUGCCGUUCCAGCGACCUCUGUUCUUUCCUUGUCACUUUUACCAAGGAGCACGGGAGGUGGAUUGUGUAUCGGCAGACCAUGGACAGCCCCGAGUGUUUCAGUGCCUCCCACUUCCAGCGCUUCCUGGCCGGGCUCCUGGAGAACCGCGGGCUCCGGCAGGCCGCCCACGCUGCCCGGGGCAGGAGGCUCCUGGUGGUGCUGCAAGGGUACACUGAUGUCAUCGAUGUUGUGCAAGCUCUGCAGACUCACCCCGACCCCGAUGUGAAAUCUGCUUUUGUCAUUGGAGCUGUCAACACCUGUGUGGAGCCCCUGAGCUGCUACAUGGAACACAGGCUUCUUUUUCCCAAGUUCCUGGACCAGUGUUCACAAGGGCUGGUGAGUAACGUGGUUUUCACAAGUCAUGCCACAGAGCAGAGGCACCCGCUCCUUGUGCAGCUGCAGAGCCUGAUCCGAGCAGCAAAUCCUGGAGUUGCCUUCAUCCUGGCAGAAAAUGGAAUUGUAACAAGGAACGAGGAUAUUGAAUUAAUUCUCUCAGAAAGCAGUUUUUCAAAUCCUCAGAUGAUGAGAGCUCGAUAUUUAAUGUACCCUGGCUGGUACGAGGGCAAGUACGGGGCCGGGCCCGUGUUCCCUCCCAUGGUCCAGAUCUGUGUGUGGUUCAGUCGCCCUCUGGAGAAAACAAGAUUUGUCACCAAAUGCAAAGCAAUUAAGUCGUUGCUGAAGCCAAGUCCUUUUUCUGGAAACAUUUAUCACAUCAUGGGCAAAGUGAAGUUUUCAGAUGCUGACAAAGUCAUCGAAGUGUGUCACAACACAGCAGCCAAUUCCCUCAGCCUGACGCCUGUUCCGGAGGGGCCGGCUCCUCCCGACUGCAGGAGUGAUCCCAGGGACUGCAGCAGCCAACAGGAAUAUUUCCUUGUGUUCAUUGGCUGCUCCCUGAAGGAAGAGGAUAUCAAAGAUUGGCUCAGAGAAACUGCAAAACAGAAACCUCAGAGGAAAGCCCUGAAAACCAGAGGAAUGUUAACCCUUCAGGAAAUCAAAAACAUUCACGUGAAACGCCACUUGGAUCCACUUCCAGCUGGUUAUUUUUACAAUGGGACUCAGUUUGUGAAUUUUUUUGGUGACAAAAUGGAUUAUCAUCCCUUAAUGGACCAGUUCAUGAACGAUUACUUGGAAGAAGCCAACAGGGAAAUUGAGAAGUACAACAGGGAGCUGGAGGAGCAGGAGUACCACGACCUCUUUGAGCAGAAGACUUAAGCACGUGGGUCCUGGGGGUUUCUGUCCUUGAGUCAGGAACCAAAAAUGCUCUUUUGUCCUUCUGACUCAUGAGAAAUUGAGUGAAAUGUCUGUUUUCAGCACUCCUUCCCAAACUAAGGGAUCGUUCCCCUAAGGUUGGCAUUUAACACGGUAACUGCUUAGCUGUUUGUACUGUCAGGUUUGCUUCCACUUCACCUUAAUUCCAGACUGUACAAAGCAUCACCUGGAAUCUCUGGCUUGUGGUGGAAACGUGGGAAAAAAGGAGAAGAAGGAGGAGAAAAGAAGCAAAACUGGAUUUAUUUCCUAAAAAGGUCAGGUCAGAAUGUAAUUGUGGAAUUGGGCCGUGGUGCAGAUAUCAAACAGUCCCUGGGUGUCCCUUGGAAAUGUUUGCACAGGAGCAUUGAUGGGCAGUGGGGAAUUCAGGGUGUGGGAUUGGGUUGUUCCCAAAGCGAGAAAUGGGGGAACAGACUCGGAAGAGACCCCAAUCCCAGAACUGUUUGUGUGUUCCUGAAGCAAAAAAUGGGGGAAUAAUUUUUAAAAAUUAAAAGAAUCCCUAAUCCCACAGCUGCUGUGAUGUUCCCAAAGCGAGAAAUGGGGGAACAAUGGGAAAAACUCAGAACUGAGUCCUUAAUCAGCAGCUGUUGGGGUGUUCCCAAAGUGAGAAAUGGGGGAACAGUGGGGAAAACUCAGAAUUGGGUCCCUGAUCUCACAGCUCUUGGUGUGUUCCCAAAGCGAGAAAUGGGGGAACAGUGGGGAAAACUCUGAAGAGCCCCUGAUCCCAGAGCUGUUGGUGUGUCCUAAAGCAAGAAAUGGGAGAAUGGUUAAAAAAAACUCAGAAUCCCUGAAUCUGCAGCUGUUGGGAUGUUCCCAAAGCGAGAAAUGGGGGAGCAAUGGGGAAAACUCAGAAUUGGAUCCCUAAUCCCACAGCUCUUGGUGUGUUCCCAAAGCGAGAAAUGGGGGAACACUUUCUCAGAGUCCCUGAUCCCACAGUUGUUGAUGUGUUGCCAAAGUGAGACAUGGGGAAAAGAGGGAAAAGCUCAGAUGAGCAUCUAAUCCCACAGCUGCUGGGAUGUUCCUAAAGCGAGAAAUGGGGGAACAAUGGGAAAAACUAAGAAUUGAGUCCCUAAUUCCAGAGCUGUUGGUGUGUUCCCAAAGCAGGAAGUGGGAGGAUGAUUAAAAAUUUUAAAAUCCCUGAGUCUGCAGGUGUUAGGAUGUUCCCAAAGUGAGAAAUGAGAGAACAAUGGGAAAAACUCUGAAGAAUCCCCAAUCCUGGAGCUCUUGGUGUGUUCCCAAAAUGAGAAAUGGGGGAACAAUGGGGAGAACUCAAAACUGAGUCCCUAAUUCCAGAGCUGUCAGAACAUUCCCAAAGCGAGAAAUGGGGGAAUGGGGAAAGCUCUGAUGAGCACCUAAUCCCAGAAUUGUUAGGCUGUUCCCAAAGUGACAGAUGGGGCAACAGUGAGAAAAACUGAAGAAUCCCUGAUCCUAGAGCUGUCAGGAUGUUCCCAAAGCGAGAAAUGGGGGAAUAAUGGGAAAAACUCAGGAGAGCCCCUAUUGAGCAGUUGUUGGGGUGUUCCCAAAGCGAGAAAUGGGGGAACAGUGGGGAAAACUCAGAACUGAGUCCCUAAUCCCACAGCUGCUGGGGUGUUCCCAGAGUGAAACAUAUGGAAACAGUGGGAAGAACUCAGAAGAGUCCCUAAUCCCACAGCUGCUGGGGUGUUCCCAAAGCGAGAAAUGGGGGAACAGUGGGAAAAACUCAGAAUUGGAUCCCUAAUCCCAGAGCUGUCAGGAUGUUCCCAAAGCGAGAAAUGGGGGAACAGAGGGAGAAACUCAGAACUGAGUCCCUGAUCCACAGCUGCCAGGGGGUUCCCAAAGUGAGAAAUGGGGGAACACUUUCUCAGAGUCCUUAAUUCCCAAAGUGAAAAUUGUGGGAACAACUCAGAAGAGUCCCUAAUCCCAGAGCUGUCAGGAUGUUCCCAAAGGAAGAAAAGGAGGAACACUCCCACCCCCAGUUUUGCCAGGGCACAGCCCAUCUCAAAACCUCAGCACAGUUUGAGUCUGCACUCAAAAUUCUGACUUUAAAGAAAAGCUAUUUAUACAUUUCAGGGUGAAAUCAGUGGAGAAAUCUUAAUUAUUUCUUCCCAGUGCUCUCAUUUGGCUUCUGGAAAAUAUUUCCUGGCUGGCUGCAGUGUGCACCUUGCUGUUGCUUAGAUUAUCCCUGGAGAAUUCCCAUUUCAGCCCUAAAAACUAAGCAGGGCAAGGUAAGGGGGAGAUGCUUCAGCUGAAGAAUUCCUUUUCUUGAAGAUGAGUGAUUUCCAAAGGUAAAAAAUAGCAAAGGGUGUCACUUGAAAGAGGCAGGAACUUGUUUGUGGAGCUUCCAGAAGAGUUUGCACGCCGUGACAUUUCACUGUGCUGGUGAGAAAUCAGCUUUUAAGUACUUGUAACAGAAUUUUUAUAGUUCCUAAAUGACAGAACAGGAAUGCUGGCAGCCUGUCCUGACUUAAUUCAGUAUCAUUUUAAAGGAGGCUUUAUAAAUCCCUGACUGAAGGAUUAUAAAGUACCUUAGCAGCUACUUACAGGUAAUUAUUGGAGCUUAUUUGAAUAGGGAGAUUAUUGUAGCACGCAUGUGUUCAGAAUUUAGGUGAGAACAGCCCAGCAGGAACUUUUUAUUUUCAUAUUCCUUUGCCUUAGGGACAGCUCAGUCUUUUACUGCAGCUGCAGCUUUUCUUUCUGACCAGAUGUUUGUGAUACAGCAAGAAAUGGAAUAAAAAAUCUCUUGCAGGACACUUAAAAUACUUCAGAUGUAUCUGCACAGCCUCAUCCCAUGGCAGGAAAAUGAGAUUUAACCCCCGUCAUCAAACCUGAGGCUAAAUUAGAGUUUAUGCUUUACUAAAGAGAUGUAUUUUUUACCUUUGGAAUAUGAAAUAAGUGAAAUUUCAGUGACCUGAAGCACAUUUUAGGUGGUUUUGGUCUUCAUUGCUGGGUGCCUGUUCUGUGAGUGUUCCACAGUGCAGAGGUGGAAUUCCAGGUGCUGCAGGCUGAGAUAGAAAUAUUGACAAGGUUUCAUUCCUCUCUUUCCUCCUAGAUUUAAAAAGCUGUCUGAAAUGAAGACUUUAAUAUUUUAUUUUACUUUUUUUUUUGCACACCACGAGACUUUAUAUAAGAACUACUUGUAUCCUGUUAGAGGCCAGUAAAAGCCAGCAAUUAGUUUGUGUUUUUAGGCUUUCCUGGGACGUGUUCCCUGGAUCACAAGUGUGGAGCAUCCUGAUAAAGCUCGUGAGUUUUAUCUAUGCAUGGCUAAAUUUUAGUCUUAAUAUCCUGUAGUGCCUGUAGAGCAAAGGUAGCUAGCAGGGGGUUUGGGGGGGCUGCCAGGGGUUUACAGCUAAAUCCAGUUGGCUGCAUGAAAUUAUUUCACAGCCCAGAAUUUGUAGGAAUCCCCAAAUUCUGGUAGUGCUGCAAUAAAAAGGGGCAUUCGGAAAUGGAACUCCAAUUGGAAUUGCUUUGCCAGUUAACUCAGCGUAAACCCAGCUGUUCCAGUCCCAGUUCUCUCCUCUGCAAAGCCAUAUUUUUAGAGUAGUGGGAUGUGAUGUGGGAAGAAAUUCCCGUGGUUGGGACAGCGGGGAUGUGGUGGAGGCUUUGUCUCAACUCGUGAGUGGAUUCAGAGUAGAUUUAAGUGCAAUUGAUUGAAAAUAGAUGAAGAUGCUGUAGCUGAUUCUUGCUCUGCUGAACUCUUUUUAAGAACUCCAAUUUGUGCAGCUCUCAGAUCAAUAAGGAUGGGGCUGAUCCAGCUGGAAUUCCAAGCCCUGUGAACAAAAAAAAAGGAAAUAAUUGAGGUGUGACUGUGCAAAUUGAGGUGUUCCUUAAAAACUGGAGCAGAAGAGCUCAGAACAAAGGCCUAGAACCCUCCUGUCCUGUGCUGCAUGUGCUCUAUGGUCAUAGCUGUGUAUUACAAAGACCUUUCACCAGACUGCUACUGGCUCAAUUCAUGUAUUUUGGUAUUGAAAGAAAUUGAUUACCUCAAUUUUUAGCGUUUAUUUUUGAACUGUGACUUUCAACCACAACGAAAAGAAAAAAAAGAAAAAAUACCGAAAUAGUGAAACUGUGACAAUUGUAUCCUUUAAAUGUAGUAGUGCCUUGCAGAUGACACCAUUUAUUCCCCAAAUAAAUGGAUGUCAGGGGUUGCAUCCCCUUUUUUUUGUUGUUUUUAAAGGAAAAUAACAGUUUUGGUGAAAGGACUUAAAAAUUUAACCUAGUGACAAAUAUUAGCACAAAAUGGUUAAAGUGUUUAAAAGAAAACUCUUUGAGGACUGAAAUAUGUAAAUGCCUGAUGCUGCUGCUGUUGAAGAGCAGUUGCUGAUUUUUUGGGAGUCGAUUCUAACGAUCAGCAGCGCUUUUUGAAAUUUUGUUUUUUUGUUUUUUUUAGAAGAGUGUAACUUUUGUACUCUGGUCAGAGCUGUUUGUACUGUAUGGAAUCCCCAGCCCAGGGGAUUCGCUGUCCUCACUCCUUGGAAGUCGAGGUGAGGAUGGAGCUACUCCAAAGGAUGGAGGUUUGAACGUUUUUUUUUUUUGCUACUGUACACUUGAAAAAAAAACCAACAACAACAACAAAAAGCACCAUUUCUAACCCACUGAUGUUUGGAUACAGCAAAAGUGCCAUUACACUGUUCCUUUUCUCUUUUACUGUACUUGGAAAAAUUUGUGUCCAGGCAUUCCUGAGCUUGGGAAGUGCUGAAGAGUCCUCAAGGGGUUUCCACGCUUUGCUGACCUCUGUUAGCAGCUUGUGGUGGUGUUUUUUUCUUUCUCCUCACCGAGAAUGAGUGUGAUCAGAAGUUACUGAAGUUAUAGGCAUUCAAAUGUGACAAACUUAGCAGGGGAACCUUUGCAACUUGAGCUGCUCUGCCAUCUGGGAGUAUUUGAAUUUUAAGCUGUGCAAUUUGGGAUUAAUCCAGUUUUACACUUUGCAAUUAACACACCGGAUUGCAGGGAGGAGUUCAGUUGCAUUGUGAGGGUUCCCUAAUAAGUUGAGGUUUUUAUUUUUAAUUAUUGUUAUUUUUUAAUUGAAACUUGUCUGAAUUUGCACAGAUUUAAGCUCUGGAAUACUUUGGUAUUCUUGAAAAGGGAAAAAAAAUUGUGACUAGUAUAGUGAAUUGUGAACUGUGAGUUGGUAGAAUCACGAGGUUGAUCUAACCUUAGGUUGUUAAAAAUGUACCUCAGAAAGCUGGUGAGAAAUCGCUUCAUUUUUACACAACGUGGAUCCUGACCUAACACUUCUCACUUUACAAUGUGCCAAAAUUCACUUUGAUACUAGUUCUCAAUGCUUUAAUAUUUGCAACUCUAAGUUAAAAACGUGUUAUUUACAAACACUACUGUAACUUCAGUUCAGCUGAACGGUGUGAUUGAAGCUUUUUGCCUCUCGUAUUUAUUACACAACUUGAUUCAGUAAAUAUAAAAUUACCUUUCCAUUUAUUUUUGUAUUGUUUUACAUGUUUAUACCUGCAGUUUGUGUGACUUUUACACCUGUAACUCAGAUGUGAUGGAAAGAACCAAUAAACAGUAUCCAUCCAC